CUUUGGCAAGUGCUGAAAGCGUUGCAUUCUCUAGGGAUUCAGACCAAGAGUGUUUACCUCUGCCGCGACGUUCUUUGUAUGAAGAAUGCGCAUGGAGCGACUGUAUAGGGGGCAUGCCGGCGACCCGUUGAGCCAUCUUUUCGCCAGCCGGAAAGGACCAAAGCUCCCAUGAAAGAGCUCACCGGACACGACAUGGAGGAGUUGAUAAGAACUAUCUUUAAUAAAUCUAAUGCCCACGGUUACCACUGACUAAUUCUCUUGUUCCCUUUUUUCCCUCAAGUCAAUUUUGUGUGUCUACUCGAAGAAAUUUCAUCCACAUCCUGCCCCCUUUUUGCAUUAUUACCAAAAAUUCUAGAUUGUUCAAAACUUCAAUGUCGGAUUACAGUCAAGAGAGGAUGACCACGGUGGCGAUAUUGGCCAUAUCACAGAGAAUCGAGUUUGAGAGAUGUCUUGCGGCGAUGAAAGCCCGCAAAGGGGGUCACGGCUCCGAUACUCUGGACGUUCUGCGACGUCUGGUUUGUGAGGCUGAAGACGCCCGCGGGAUUCUGUCGAGUCUUCGGGGAGAGAUUACCGGGGACGCAUAUGAUGCCAUACAUCAUAUGCUAGAAAAUCAGAUCCUGUUAAUCAAAACGCAGAUUCAUGAGGUUGCGCCAGAGGCGGGGAAAUCGUUCCUGCAGACGCCAAUGUCGAAUCCACCGCCGCAGCAAUCGAAGAAACAGCAGCAGCAGCAGCAACAGCAGGAGGGAGACACCCUUCAAAAACCGCCGUCUCCUUUACCAAGACCUUCCAGGCCCCAAAAAAUAAAACUGCCAUUACCGCGUCCGCCCUCCCUACCUAGACGGCUUUAUGAUGCUACGCCAACGAAUAAUGCGACGGACCAGUCAAACCCCCCUGAAAAGCAGAAGUCUCCUGCCCGUGAGAUCAAGGGGUUCCCUCCGCGAGCGACUAGAGGACGGCGUCAAACUACAAAGUCCUCAACCUCACGCCUUCCAGCGCCAGCAGAAGGGGAAAUAAAAGACCAUGAUUCAACGGGGCCAACGAGGGGGAAUCAAGCGGGCCGUCGCCGUCAUCAGGCCAGUGUAAGUCCUCCACCCCAGAGAAGAUUCAAGCUGUGGCCCACCGCAAGUAACAAAUACUCGCGUCCAGCGUUUGAACCUCUUUUUUUUUGAGAGAAAAGCGAGAACCCCUGAGAACCCAGAAGCCGGGGGAUGUAAGCGGUGCGAUUCACCUCCGCAAACAGCUCGACGAGCAAGAAGAAAGAAUCGAGGCGGCUAACGUGGAAAAGCGGAGUGAUGAUGUUAAUGGUGAGACGGAGAGUGAGUACGAGGGUGAGGCAAAGGCGGAGGUGGAGGAUGAAAGUCAGUCAGGGGGCGAAGGGGAAGAGGGAGAGAGACGCGGCAGGAAGAGGUCCGCGGAGCAUGACUU